CAGGAAACCCCGCCUUCACAGCAUUUUUAACCAAUAGGAGUGCAGUAUUUUCAAUUUAAACUCUCUAUAAAGUUCGGUUUGGCCAACGCUCUCUGUGGCGCCUGAGUUUUGAACUGCUUUGCUGUGUGUGGGGUACGCGUCCUCUGCGUGGUCGCCUGGAUGCAGCUCGCCAUGGCCAUACCCUCCCUUGAGGAGCUUGACUCCUUCAAGUACAGCGACCUGCAGAACUUGGCCAAGAGUCUCGGCCUCCGGGCUAACCUGAGGGCAGACAAGUUGUUAAAAGCCUUGAAAGCCUACCUUAAAGAUGAAGCAAAAAAAGAAAAUGAGAGUCAGAAUGGAACUCAAACUUCUGCAUCCUCCUGGGAUGAGACUGAGAUGCAGAUGAGCAGCCAGGAACAAGCUAAGAGGGAGCCAGUUGGCCACAUCAUCAAAACCAGGAGAAGGUGCAAGAACCCUGACUCCCAGCAGGAUCAUUCAGAGAUAAAAAUAAGUGAUCACACUGACUUCCAGGAUCCAGAGAAGCAGGAAAACCAGGAUUUCAGAACUGUUGGAGAAGUUCCUUCACCACUAGAUGAGAACCAAGGAGAGGAGAAUGCAGUUUCCACAGGAAAAAGAAGAAUAAAUGGUAAUGAAGAUUCAAAGGUACCUGCAGAAAGAAAGAAGCCUCUCUACGCAGAUGGGUUUUCCAAACCUGGAAAAAGUAAAAGAACUAUAAGUGCUACUCCAAACUUUAAGAAGCUUCAUGAGGCUCGUUUUAAGGAAAUGGAGUCCAUUGAUCAAUAUAUUGAAAGGAAAAAGAAACAUUUUGAAGAACACAACUCAUUUAAUGAACUGAAGAAGCAGCUGGUCACCAAAGAAGUGGUGGUGACUCCAGUUCCUCUCCGGGGAAGGCUCCCUGAGGCUCGAACUCCCUCCAGCCAGCGCCACUCACAGGGCCAGCCCCUGGGCCCUACAGGCCAGAGCACCUUGUGUGGGAAGGGGUCUGCCAAGCGUUCCAUUCUAUCAGCAACGAAGAUGAACGUCAGGUUUUCAGCUGCUACCAAAGAUAAUGAACAUAAGCGUUCACUGACCAAGACUCCAGCCAGAAAGUCUCCACAUGUGACCGUAUGUGGGAGUACCCCAAAAGGCCAGGCUGUGCUCGGGACAUGCAAGUUAAAGACCGCAAAGGGGAAUUCUGCUUCUGUUGUUACCCCAUUCAAAUUGACAACUGAGGCAGCACAGACUCCAGUCUCCAACAAGAAACCAGUGUUUGAUCUCAAAGCAAGUCUGUCUCGUCCCCUCAACUAUGAGCCACACAAAGGCAAACUGAAACCAUGGGGUCAACCUAAAGAAAAUAGUUCUCUCAAGCAACAUGCCAAUAGAGUUAGCUUCCACAAGAAAAAUUAUAAACAACCUCCUCUCCAGACUCGGGAAGAACAACGGAAGCAACAUGAACAAAGACGAAAGGAGAAGAAAGCAAAGGUUUUGGGAGCUCGAAGAGGCCUCAUUAUGGCUGAAGAUUAAUUUUUUAGCAUCCUGUAAAUAUUACUUCAUUCUGAACCCUUUCUUUAAUGUAAAUAUUUUUCUGUCUUCUUCACUUGAGUCAAGACUUCCUUCUGCUGUUUGUUGUUCACUAUGUAGUGUUGGGGGUUCUUCACAGGCUGCAUCUCUGAAAAGACCUUAUUAACCUUAACGCUCAGAUUCUUUGAAAUGUUUUUUUCCUAAGUGUACAAUUCAGUUUUCUGAGACUCAUCCUAUAUAUAACCUUGACUUAGAUUUUUAAUGUCUAGUUUCCUCUGCUGACAGAACUGGAAUCCUCUUCUAGACAGAAGCAUUGACCUGAUGGUAGGUAAUUCUACAAGCCUUAGUAGAACUUGACCAAUAAAAAGCUGAGAAGGCCACCUCUUCCUCCCCUAGAGGACCACAUAGUCUUACUGAAAUGGGGAGCAAUACACGUCCGUACUGGCAUAUUCUGUGUGACGUGGUUUAUUACCUAUGCAGGUCUGUUCAGAUCACCCGAUGUAAUCACCAUCUAUCACUCAAUAUAUUCUUAAAAACUCCAUAGCUCAUUCUAGCCUUACUUAUUUAAAAAUACCCAGGCCUAUAUUGAAACCUAAGGGUUGCUGCUUCAAGGGUCAGUAUACUCUGUCAGUUAGAUCUUACUUGUUUUAUGGGAAAGACCAGAGUUGUUCAGCAUCACAGCCAUGUUUGCUGCCCCUAAGUGGAGCUUCUGGGCUUUGUACUGAUGAAGAUUUUCAUGAAUGUUUUCUCAUGAUGGUAGAUUCUUUGCAAAUAAAUGGACUUCCAGAUUGAGUUGAGCAGCUAAGACUAACACCAGUUGACUUGUACUCUCCGUGCAUCCUGUCCUGACUACUUCUUCUCACACGAAGAAUAAAUGAGCAUAUCGUCCUCUGGUA